AUGGAUCUUGUAAGCAAAAUCUAUGGCUCUCAAUCUCUUCCACCAAUGACAAGUCCAGCUGGUAGCUCAUCAAUAUUUGGACCUCGUACUCAUUCGUCUGAUAAAAGUUUCCCAAUUAUAGCCAUUGCCAUAAUAGGAAUUUUGGCCACAGCUUUCUUGCUUGUAGGCUACUACAUCUUUGUCAUUAAAUGCUGUCUGAAUUGGCACCGCAUCGAUCUUCUAAGGCGAUUCUCCCUAUCAAGAAAUAGAAAUCACGAAGAUCCUUUGAUGGCUUACUCUCCUGCUGCAAUAGAGUCUCGUGGACUUGACCAGUCGGUGAUAAGGUCAAUCCCAGUAUUUAAGUUCAAGAAAGAAGGCAGCAAUGUUAGAAACUUAGGAGAAAGUAGCUUCUGUGAAUGUGCGGUUUGCUUGAACGAGUUUCAAGAAGCUGAAAAGCUAAGAAGGAUACCAAACUGUAGCCAUAUUUUUCAUAUUGAUUGCAUUGAUGUUUGGCUUCAAAGCAAUGCUAAUUGCCCACUUUGUAGAACAAGCAUUUCGAGCACCAUAAGAUUCCCAAUGGAUCAUAUUAUUGCUCCAAGCUCUACACCCCAAGAUCCAAAUCCUUACAGCGAAAGUCUCAUGGGUGGAGAUGAAGAUUAUGUUGUCAUUGAGUUAGGUAAUCAUAACUCUACAGAUCAAACAUUGAUUGCAGCACAGGAAAGAUUGAAUUCUGGAGAGUUAUCGGCGCGUUCAAUUAGUCCUUCGCCGAGGAAGAUAGAGCAGGGAGUUGGUCACAAGAAAGCAAGGAAGUUUAAUAAGGUUACCAGCAUGGGAGAUGAAUGUAUUGAUACUAGAGGCAAACAUGAUCAAUUCGGAUUGAUUCAACCCAUUAGAAGAUCUUUUUCAAUGGACUCGUCAGCAGAUCGGCAGCUUUAUUUAUCAAUUCAAGAGAUAGUGCAGCAGAGCAGGCAAGUAACUGAGGUCAGCGUUGUUGAAGUUUGUAGUGGCAGACCCAGAAGAACUUUCUUUUCUUUUGGUCAUGGUAGAGGAUCCAGAAGUUCGGUCUUACCUGUUUAUUUGGAACCGUAA